AUGGUGCUSACGCACCGUGAUGUCCCUCUCCACUGCUGCAUCACGACCUUCAACUGCGGACGAACCUUGAUCGAUGUCGACUACUUUGCCUCGUCACUGCACAGCGCGCUCAAGCCGUUCGAGGCUCCGCCCGGGUUCAUCGUCCUCGCGCUGCAAGAAGUCGCACCGAUCGGAUCCAGCUUCUUGGGUGACCGCUUCACCAAGCCGUACUACGAGCGUUUCUGCAAAGCAGUUUCUCUUGCCGCAAGAUGGAGUUAUACAAGGGAAAUAUGCUAUGAAAAGGUGUUGGUCCGCAGUGUCGGCAUGACAGGCAUCAUGGUCUUUGCACGUCGGGAGGUCAAGGCUCUCAUCGACACGGUGCAAACAGCCGGAACUGGUGUGGGAGUGCUGGACAUGGGCAACAAGGGUGCUGUGGCUAUUAGACUGGCAACGGAAGGCGUGCAACUGACGUUCGUCUCGGCUCAUCUGGCGCCGGGUGAAGAGCAGUGCGAGCGCCGGAACGCAGACUGGCGCARGAUUUGCGAAAAUUUGGUCUUUGAGCUGGUCGAGCCUCAUGUCUGGCAGCAGGCAGAUGGGAAAAGAGGGAGGGUGGAGCAGCAGCGUCCGCAGCCAAGCAGUGCAGGCGCCAGUCGGACAGAGGCAGACACAGAGCCCCUUCUGGCCGAGAGUCGACGAGAACGUGCGGCAGAAGACCUCAAAGACCAUGAACAUGCUCUGUUUACGCCUUUACCUUCAUACAUUUUCUUUGCCGGCGACCUUAAUUAUCGAACAUCCGACACAGCACCAAAACCUGAGGAUUCCGUCAAUUGGCCUCAGCCCAUGGCGGCGGAUGAAGAUCCCCAUCAUCAUAAGCAUCUUCUCGAAAAGGAUCAACUCACUCGGGAGCUCAGAGCAGGACGGACUCUGCAUCAUUUGACUGAAGCACCCAUCACAUUUCCCCCCACUUACAAAUACUCCUCCAAAGCACAGGAGUUGGCCGCUGCUAACGCCAGAGUCCCAAAUACCGGUGCCGGCCAGGAGGGCCCUAAGGGCAGGUGCAACUCAGCCCCGGCAGUCAACAUCGACAGUAUACAGGAGCAAGUCUGGCUCUGGGCGAACCAUAGGAUGCCGUCCUGGUGUGAUCGCAUCCUGUACGUCUCCGACCCAUCGCCAAUUGUGUACUUUUACAAAGCGCUGGCUGUGCAACCCACGAGCGACCAUCGCCCAGUCAUCAUGUCUUUUGGAAUCUAUAAAACGCGUCUGCCCGUGAGGCCACAACCAUUCGAGGUCGUCGAGGGCUGGAAAGAAAGACGCAAGGUGGCAAGAAGAUUGGAGAUCCUCGUUGGAAUCCCCUCAUAUCUCCUGCUUGUAAGGACAGGUCAGGUAUUGCUAUUGAGCACUGCUAUCAUGGCGGGMAUCAUCUAUUUCAGCAUCCGUGCUUUUGCCACCGCUUUGUAG